AUGGCUUCCGACCCCAAACAUCCCCCAGGAGAACCAGCCCCUGAGCUGCUGGAAGGCCGGCUCUGGCCAAAUAUCCCUAACCCCUACUUUCCAGGCCAUGCCGGCGCCGUCGUCCAAGCCCGACAGCUCGGUGACGAGCUCUACGUCGGCGUGCACUCCGACGAAGCAAUCCUCGAAAACAAAGGCCCAACCGUCAUGAACCUGCGCGAGCGUCUCCUUGCCACCGACGCCUGCCGCUGGGUAACCCGUUCCAUCCCCUACGCUCCCUAUGUCACCCAGCUUGACUGGAUCACCCACUUCGGCUGCAAAUACGUCGUGCACGGCGACGACAUCACAUCAGAUGGGUCUGGGGAGGACUGCUAUCGGUUUGUGAAAGCCGCUGGGAGGUUCAAGGUAGUUAAGCGCACGCCGGCGAUCUCGACGACGGAUCUUGUGGGGAGGAUGUUGUUGUGCACGAAGGGACAUUUUAUUCGGUCGUUGGAGAAGAUGUUGGAAGGGGAGGAAGGCCCAGGCGCGUCGGAGGAGGAGAGGAAGGCGAACGGGGAGGCGAUGAGGGAGAGGAUAAGGUUGUAUGCGACAGACGAAACGGCGAAGAAGCCUUGGGUGGAUGUCUGGUUUUGGUCGGAGGGCAAGGGACAGUGUAAGGAGUUGUUUAAAGGAAUUGGGCCAAGACCCGGGCAGAGGAUUGUUUAUGUGGAUGGAGGGUUUGAUUUGUUUUCGAGCGGGCAUAUUCAGUUUUUGAAGUUGGUUAUUCAGGAGGAGGAAAAGCUGGCUAGGGAGAGGGGGUGGUAUGAGGAGAAGGCUGUGAAGGAGAGGAAGAAGAGCGGGGGAGACUAUGGCCCGGUCUAUGUGGUUGCUGGUGUCCAUGAUGACAAUGUCAUCAAUGAGUGGAAGGGCGUCAACUAUCCCAUUAUGAACAUUUAUGAGCGUGGGCUGUGUGUCCUACAGUGCAAGUACGUCAACGCGGUCAUUUUCGGCGCUCCCUUCGUCCCGUCCAAGGAGUACCUCACGUCCCUCCCCUGGGGCACACCAGACGCCGUCUAUCACGGCCCAACCUCCUUCAUGGAGUUCACUGAGGACGUCUACAUCGCGCCAAAGGAGAUGGGCAUAUACCGCGAGAUCGGUCACCACGAGUUCGAGGACGUCAACGCUGGCACAAUCGUGCAGCGCAUCAUGAAGAGUAGGGACCAGUAUGAGGCCCGCCAGAAGGCCAAGCUUAAGAAGGCUGAGAUUGAGGCUGCCCACAAGCAGCGGGAGCUCGAGCAGCAGCGGUGA